UCGAUUGCUUCACAAUCAAAUACAGUUAUCGAUACUGUAUAUUUAAUCUAUUAAAAUACAUAAAGUUAAUUGGGAAUGUAAAAAUUGAUGUGCAUAUUAUUAUAUAAUAAAAUAUAUUUGAAAUAAAAUUCUUUUUUUCUAUAUUGUCAAAUAUGGACGAAAUCGAUAAUCCUCCAACUGUAGAUAUUCCAAAUAUUUCUAAAGAUCAUCUUAUUGCUGGAAGAUGGAUAAAUAGUAAUAGAAUCAGUAUAUAUACUACUAAAGUUACAAAAGAAAAAAGUUCAAAGAAAUAUGACUCAACAGUACAUAUGUUAAAACCAGAAGUAAUUUUAUUUUCACCACAGUUACGUAAACUAGUAAAUGAAAGUAAUGGUGUCUUUUUGUCCAUUAAAAAACUUAAAUCUUUUUCUGGGGAUAUUAGACUUGAACUUUUAAAACACAGUAAACAAUAUAGAUCUAUCUUAAGAGCAUGUAUAGAAAGUUUGCAAGAUAUAUGUGGAAAAUGUCUUUCUGAAAAAAGAGAAUCACUAGAAAAUUUCUUGACCAUUUUUUAUCAAAUAGAAUGUGUAUGGCACUUAGUGGAAAUUCUUUACGUAGAUGUUAUACCAGGUGAUGUAGUAUUACCACAAUUGUUAGAAUGGAUUAAAUUUCAUUUUCCAUCUAGAGAACUUAUAGCAGUUAAAAUAUUAGCUCAAAAAACUAUUGGUGCUGAUUUGGAAUAUCCAAAUUAUUGGGAAAUUGUAAUAGGUUGUGCAUUACAUGGAAAAUUAGAUUUAGUAAGAGCUUUAUUAGCAUUACAUAGUAAAGCAGAUCAUCCUGCUUUUGUAAUGGCAGAAAAUGCUCUUAAAACUAUGCCUGUAUAUAAUGUAUAUGGUGGUUAUUCUAUAAAUGAAUUUACUUUGUGUUGGAAACAUUGGCAAUUAGAUUUAUGUUCAAAUUUAAAUAGUAAAGCUUUUGUUAUUGAUACUAAUUUAGAAAUGAUUAUGAAGUUAAUUGCAGGAGAACAAGAUAUAUUGUGGCAAUUUUCACAAUAUACAGAUGCUUGGUACGAAUUAUUGGCAGCAAAAUUAUUUUAUACUUCUCCAUGUUGUAAACAACCUGAACUUUCUCAUCAUGCUAAUAAUAUUUCUAAAAGAUGGCAAGCUAAUAGACCUUCUGAUAAUGCUAUACGUGCUUUGAUGGAAAGUAAUUUACAUCUUGUUAUUAAAGAAAUACAAUAUAUGGGGGAUAAUGGAUGGUUUGCUGCUCAUUUGGUAGAUUUAUUAUACAUUUGUGGAAAACUUAAAAUAUUAGAUGAAGAUCAAAUAGAAGUCAGUAAUCAGCUUCAUGAAUCUCUUAUAUUGGAAUAUGGUAACACAUUAAUGGGACAUCAUUCUUUGUGGCAAUGUGGUGCAAGUUAUUUGAUACAUUGUCCUACUCAAGGCUUAGCUAGACUAGAGAUAUUGUUACAAUCAUUACCAAUGGGAUCAGAAGCAAGAGUAAAUAAAAUUCUAGAUAUAGCACGAGAUAAUAAAAUGAAUCAUAUAGUUACUAGUAUUUGUAAAAUUCAAGGAUUAAAAUCUAUGAAGCAAGGAAGAUUAGGAAAUGCACUUGCAUGGGCUUUAAAAGCUCAAGAUAGUAUUUUUAUAACAUACAUUGCAGAUCAGUUUUUGAAACGUUAUGUAGAAUAUGGAAAAUUGGAUUGCCGUGAUUUAUUAGAAAAUUUAGGUUUUUGUAUGAUGGCUAGUGAUAGACUAACAUUUUUAGGAAAAUAUUGCGAAUUUCAUCAAAUGUAUGGUAUUGGAGAAUUUAAAGAAGCAGCAAGUUUAUUAGUGUCUCUUUUGGUUUCAAAUUUAACACCGAAAUAUUUUUGGUCAAUACUUUUAUCAGAUGCUAUUCCAUUAUUGGAAGCCAAAGAUGUAAUUUUGUCUUCCAAUGAUUGUUAUGAAUUAUUACGAUGUGUAGAAGCGCAUGGCGAUGAUCCGAAAUUUCAAAAUGAAAUUGAUAUCUUCCGAUUAGCUGUUGCUAGAAAUCUAGCUCGAGCAUUGAGUCUUGAAGGCUGUCAAAUGAAACAUUAAAAUGUUUAUUAUCAAUUUAUAAUGUAAGAAUUUUCUAAUUUUUUAAUUAAAAAAUCUUUAUCUAUAAU